AACCAAAAAUAUUCCCGUGUAUUCACUAAUUAAUUCAUUUGUCCGUUCAUUUACUUUAUUUUUUCCAUCUCUACUGUAUUAAUAACAUACAAUAUCAAGUAAACAAUAACCUACUUUAGCAUUACAAUGUUUAAGACCACCAUCACUCUGUUCGCCAUCUUUGCCGCUGUUGCGAUCGCUGCCGACCAUGACAUCGUCCCCGCGCCCGCUGCCGCCGUCCCUGCCGCUGGCAUGCCUAACGCACCCGCUGGUCUUCCGGCCGGCGUCAUCAUCCCCAACGCGCAAGCACCCCCUGCCGUUCCCGGAGCCGGCGGUGCUCCCCCCGCAAGCAACCCCGCGGCUAAUGCCCCCAAGCCCGCCACCAACGGUGCCGCUGGUGAAAGAAGUCUGCUGCUACUAACAGCCCAGCUGGCCCUAACAAGGGUGUCAAGUCUGGUCCCGCUGCUUCGUCAUCUGCUGGCCCUGCUGCAUCUGCUUCUCCCAAGAGCAACGGUUCUGAGCAGAAGAGCAACGUUGAGGCUGCUUCGGGUGCCAUGUCGGUUGGCUCGUCAUCGUUUGCUGCUAUUGUCAUGGCUGUCGCUGCCGUUGCUGCUUUCCACUAAAAAAUAUUAGGUGUAGUAUUAAAUCACAAAUAAAUUUGCAUUCCAGGCUAUG